AUGCAGCAGACUGUGGUUUCUGACCAGGAGAUUCCCAACGCAUCCAAAGAUGUCAAUAAUGUCGAAAGAGAAGGCGCUGUCCCGAAAAUUGCUGACAAUGACUUGCCCAAGAGGAAUCUCAACAAUAUGCAAGAAAGCAGAGCCGGCCGGACAGGCAAUACAUCCGAUGCACCCCCAGAAAAGCAAACCAACCGUGUUGAAAUCUCUGCUAACCCCGGCACUGAAAGAAUGUGCAUUGGCCUGCUGCUCUCAACCCUCGAGACAACCAUCGUGAGCACAUCAUUGGUAUCCAUCGUGAACCGGCUUCAGGGUUUCGACAAGGCCAGUUGGAUCGUCACCGCGUAUCUGGCCACUAAUACCGGUAUGCAUGCUGGUUCUGUUCUUGAACUCCCCGCCAAGAUCGCCGUGCCGCUGACGCAAGGACUAGGCUUCCUAAUCAUAUACUCCAAGCUGAGCGAUAUCUUGGGCUGUAAAAUGAUGCUGCUGACCGCGCUCAUCAUCUUUACGAUAUUUUCAAUCGCAUGCGGGGCUUCAAACUCUAUGGUGUCUUUAAUCAUCUUCCGAGCUCUCCAGGGCAUGGGAGGCUCCGGUAUAUACUCCCUGUCCACCCUGAUGGUGCCUCUGAUGGUACCGCCCGCCAAAUUCGCAACAUACAUAACCAUUGUCACGUCCAUCUUUGCCAUCUCUAGUGUUCUCGGGCCAGUUGUAGGAGGAGCCAUCGCAGACAACACGUCCUGGCGAUGGGUUUUCUAUAUCAACGGUCCUGCGGGAGCACUCUCGGCCUUGCUCGUGGCCUUCUCAGUGCCCUUUGGCUUUCCGUACGGAAAGUCCCGAGUAUUUCUUGACAAUCUGCGUUCGAAGCGGACCUGGAGGCGUAUCGACUUUGCCGGUGCCUUUGCUUCCUUGGCGGCAUCCAUCCUCCUGAUCUUUGCCCUCCAGCAAGGCGGAACCAUGUACCCCUGGAACAGUGCACCCAUCGUGUCUACCUUUGUCCUAUCAGGAGUUCUUUGGGCUUUCUUGUUGGGAUGGGAAUGUUGGCUGUCGGCAAGGAACGGCGUCUGCGAGCCCGUCUUCCCCCAACGACUUAUCGCCAACAGAUUCGUCCUAGGCUUGCUCUUAAAUGGAUUCCUCACAGGCGCCCCUUUCAUGACAACGGUCAUCAAUAUCCCACAGAGAUUCCAGACCGUCAACUCAUUCUCCGCCAUCAACGCCGGUAUAUCCAUGCUGCCCCUCCUGCUGCUUUCUCCCGUCGCGAGCGCGCUCUCCGGACUCUUGAUCACCAAGCUGAGAGUCCCGCCUCUAUUCGUAUUGCUCUUCGGAGCCGCACUCCAAUGCCUCGGCGUGGGCCUGUUCAGCUCUAUAGACCAUUCGAACCUGCAAGUCCCCGCGGCGCAAUACGGCUACCAGGUCCUGAUGGGCCUCGGGUUCGGCUUCAGCCUCUCGACGAUUCUCAUGAUGGCGACCAUUGUGGUUGCGGAAAAGGACCUUGCCGUGACCAUGGGCGCCGCAACGCAGCUCCGUGUGCUCGGCGGGACCAUAGGCCUCGCCGUCGCAGCCGCGCUGCUGAUCGACCACAUCAGAUCCGAAGCAGCCAGAUUCUUGACGCCGGCUGAGCUGUCGAGCGUGCUUACCUCGUCAGGCAACAUCAAGCUGCUGUCUCUUGAGAAGCAGCUCGAGACGAGGAUGGUUUUCGCUGCGGCCUACUCGCGUCAGAUGAGGGCCUUGCUGUACUUUUCGCUGGGUGCCUUGUUGUCGGUGCUGCUGCUUGUUGAGAAAAAGCCCAGGCGAGUGGUCGACAAGACAGCCAGCCAGAACCAGCAGUCGUCCCCAUCCAGCUGA